AUUUUCUGUUAUUUAAUUAAAAAGGAAAGAAAACUUGAUUGCGAGAGAGUAAGAAGAGCACAGAUAAGAUGUCAUACAAAAACUUAGCGGGACAAUCGAUAUAGUUUAAAUUAAACAAAGACUAACUAUUUGUAUUACUAUAUAUAGAUUAUUAUCAACGUCAAUAUCAAUGUAUUUGAUAAUAUAGCAAGUAGCAUUGAUAUAAUUAAGAGUAUGUAGAAGAACAACUAUAUUGAUUCAUUAUUACACGAAACCAAAAGUGCUAUUACCCCAAACAAUAACUUGCAUUCUCUCCAUCUCUGCUAACCGCAACAGCCAUGACUUAUGUGCUAGAAGGACACGAGCAUCGUGUAUCCGACGUUAACGAAGGUUUUGAAUGCGAUGCUUGCAAUCGAUCGUACGGUGGUGGCUACUCAUGUGGUGAAUGCAAGUUUACGGUACACAAGAAAUGUGUAUUCGUAUUCAAGAUACAAGCGAGAAUCGACCACCCUUCUCAUGAUGGACAUUGUCUUGAGUUUCUCACAACCGGAGCUCCUGAUAACACAGACCCGAAAUGCCAUCUAUGCGGUAAAAACACGAAGCGCCUUCUCUAUCAUUGCUCUGAUUGUAAACUCAAUUUGGAUAUUGAUUGCAUAAUUGAUUCCCUGUGUUCUCGAUCCGAUCUGAAUAUGGAGUGGCAUGACCAUCCCCUACUCAUGGUUGAUUUUAAAGCUUCUCUUAUGUCCUGUGACUUUUGUCAUGGCACUAGCAAACAUGGAUAUUGCUGUCCUCGUUGCAGGUUGGUGAUUCAUGAGGGAUGUGUCUCCGUAUUUGAAUCACCAGAGAUUACUCACCCUUCUCAUGUCAGACACCCUCUUAAGCUUAUCGCCAGUGGAGCUCCAGAUUACACGGACCGAAGUUGUCAUAUAUGUGGAGACACUACUGGGAACUUACUAUAUCAUUGUGAUAUCUGUAAGUUCAACUUGGAUCUGGAUUGUGCGAUUGAAGGCCCUCCACCAGUUGCUCUUUCAAAUAUGAAGGUCCAUAAGCAUACACUCACACUCAUGCCAAAGUUGAUCUCCUUCGUUUGUGAUGCUUGUGGGACGAAAGGAGAUCGUUCUCCUUACAUCUGUGUUCAAUGUGAUUUCAUGAUCUUCCAUCAAAAGUGUGCUCGUUUACCACGUGUCAUUCAUGUUAAUCACCAUGACCACCGUGUUUCCUUCAAGUAUUCUCUUGGUCCUGGAGAAUGGAGAUGUGGAGUUUGUUGGGAAGAGAUUGAUUGGUCAUAUGGGGCUUAUAUCUGUUCCAUUUGUCCUUGUUAUGCUAUUCAUUCACUAUGUGCCACAAGGAGAGACGUAUGGGAUGGGAAAGAGCUUGAUGGAGUACCUGAAAAAGUUGAAUAUAUCGAACCAUUCAAGAGGAAUGAUGACAACACAAUCACUCAUUUCGCUCAUCAACAUAACCUCAUGAGCCUCGGUAAAGGUGGUGAAGAAAGUAGCUUGUGUGGAGGAUGUGUUUGUCCCAUCGGUUCUUGCACAUUCUACAAGUGUUCAGAAUCAGAUUGCAGUUUCAUUCUCCAUGAAACGUGUGCUAAUCUACGUAAGAAGAAACGACAUUUUCUGAGCCCACAACCUCUCACUCUUUGUCUCCGAAGUUACCCCCUCUCAGAUGUUUGCGAAGCUUGUCAUCAAGUUUUUUACCGAGGAUUUAGCUACUCUACAUAUUUAAGAAAACACUUGGACGUACUUUGCAGUUCGAUUACUGUGCCUUUCAUCCAUGGAAGUCAUGAUCAUCAUUUACUCUACCUCAAACAACGAUUCGGUGACGUGAAGACUUGCCCGGGCUGCGACAUGGAUGAGACAGACGUUGUCAUAGGUACGAUGAUCAUCCACUCACUCUAUGUUAUGGUGAUGGAAAGGCAAGCGGCAAAUAUUGGUGUGAUAUUUGCGAAAGAGAAACAAAUCCAAAGACUUGGUUCUACACUUGUAAAGAUUGCGGGGUCACUUUACAUAUCUUUUGUGUAG